UCCGCCCCUUCAGGUGCGGGAAGUCUGAAGCCGGCAAACAUGGCGGUCUCCUACUGCCUCAGCCGGGCUGCGACUGCCUUUACAGCGGUGUUGCUCUUUUCCUUCGGCAGCGUGGCCGCUAGUCAUAUCGAGGAUCAAGCAGAACAGUUCUUUAGAAGUGGCCAUACAAACAACUGGGCUGUUCUGGUGUGUACAUCCCGAUUCUGGUUUAAUUAUCGACAUGUUGCAAAUACUCUUUCCGUUUAUAGAAGUGUCAAGAGGCUAGGUAUUCCUGACAGUCACAUUGUCCUAAUGCUUGCAGAUGAUAUGGCCUGUAAUCCUAGAAAUCCCAAACCAGCUACAGUGUUUAGUCACAAGAAUAUGGAACUAAAUGUGUAUGGAGAUGAUGUGGAAGUGGAUUAUAGAAGUUAUGAGGUAACUGUGGAGAAUUUUUUAAGGGUAUUAACUGGGAGGAUCCCACCUAGUACUCCUCGGUCAAAACGUCUUCUUUCUGAUGAUAGAAGCAAUAUUCUAAUUUAUAUGACAGGACAUGGUGGAAAUGGUUUCUUAAAAUUUCAAGAUUCUGAAGAAAUUACCAACAUAGAACUUGCAGAUGCUUUUGAACAAAUGUGGCAGAAAAGACGCUACAAUGAGCUACUGUUUAUUAUUGAUACUUGCCAAGGAGCAUCCAUGUAUGAGCGAUUUUAUUCUCCUAAUAUAAUGGCUCUAGCUAGUAGCCAAGUGGGAGAAGAUUCACUCUCGCAUCAACCUGAUCCUGCAAUUGGAGUCCAUCUUAUGGAUAGAUACACAUUUUAUGUCUUGGAAUUUUUGGAAGAGAUUAACCCAGCUAGCCAAACUAACAUGAAUGACCUUUUUCAGGUGUGUCCCAAAAGUCUGUGUGUGUCUACUCCUGGACAUCGGACUGAUCUUUUUCAGAGGGAUCCUAAAAAUGUACUGAUAACUGAUUUCUUUGGAAGUGUACGGAAAGUGGAAAUUACAACAGAGACUAUUAAUUUGCAACAGGAUUCAGAAAUCAUGGAAAGCAGCUAUAAGGAAGACCAGAUGGGUGAGGAACUAAUGGAACCUCUGAAAUAUGCUGAACAACUUCCUGUAGCUCAGAUAAUACACCAGAAACCAAAGCUGAAAGAUUGGCAUCCUCCAGGGGGCUUCAUUCUGGGACUAUGGGCACUUAUUAUCAUGGUUUUCUUCAAAACUUACGGAAUCAAACAUAUGAAGUUCAUUUUUUAGACUUGAUGAUAUAUGAAGAAUGCAUGAAAGACUGCAACCUUGGAUAAUAAUUUAUGUCAUAUAUUUUUUAAAAUGCGUUGCUUUUAUGUGAAUUGGAAAUAAGUAUAAGAAAACUAGAUUUGAAUCAACUAUUUCAUAACUUAAAAAUAAUUCUUAAUGCAAUUAAUGGCAUUAAAUAUUAUUCUAGUUUUAUAUUUGCAUAUUAUAAAAGCAAAUGGGACAAAAAGAUCAGAAUACAUUGAUUGUUUUUGAAAAUAAUAAUUUCCCUUUAUCCCCUUUUCAUUUAGAAAAGAAAAAAUUGUGAAAACAUUACAUUCUCACAGAGGUAGCUUCAGUUAAUUAUUUUCUGUAUAUCCUCUCAAUCUUUUGACUUAUGCAGUUAUUUUUUUUCCAAUAUGGAGAUCAUAUAGAAUAUACUACUUUGUAAUCUCUUUUUUCAUUUUACAAUAAGAGAAAAAAAUUAACCUUUCCCUCUCAAAAAUACAUUGUGAAUGACGACAUAGUAUCCACUGUAUGAAUGUUUAAUUCAUUUCACAGUCUUCUAUUGUUUGACCACUUACAUUGUUCCAAAUGUUUUCCUUUGGUUUAUUCUUUACCGUAUUAAUAUUUUGCUGUCGGUCACUCAUGGAAUCCUUUAGCUUUAAUUAAAAGCAAAGAUGAAAAAUUGUUUUUUAAAUUUAUGUCACUGACAAUCUCCAGGACCUUAUUUGUUGUCAGUUUAUUUGGGAAAUUUUAGACCUUUUGUAAUUUUACGUAUUGACUGCCCAAGAGAAACAUACCCCAUUAUUUUUCAUUUCUAAGCAUUCUGUGAUCUUCCAGAAUUGGUCACCUCCUCUUUAAAGAGAGAGCCAACAAGAACUUUACUUCAUUCUGUUUAAGGCAAACCUUGCCUACUGGCUCUAUCUAUACUUUCCCUGAGAAAAAUCCCUUAAAGUGGAUGACCUGUGAAAAAAUAAAUGCUUAUGGCCCAGCUGUCAUGUCCAGCUGAUGUAUCCCAUAAGGCAGUAAACCCCUUUUCUGGUCUCUGAUAAGAUGCCAGAGCUUAUAUCCCCAUCACUGACAUUUUAGCUUGGAAUUAAUAUUGAGACUGUGCUGUGAUCAACCCCUGAUACUGUUUUUUCUUUUAAAAGUUCUGCAUAUGAGUGGAGGAAAAGCCUAAAAGUUCAGUAUUUAUGUCUGGGGGGAUACCUUCAAGUGUCUUAUCUGUUUUAUCCAAGAACUUAAUGUGUUUAUCUUUAUUCAGUGCAAAGAUCUGUUUUAUAAUUUUGUUUAUAAUUGUAGGUAACAUUAAGAAGACAACCCUUCCUCCACAAGAAAACCCCUAAAAUUAAUAUUACUUAAGAUUUGUUUUUCCUUUUGCAUUUAAAGUAUUACCUUUUAAUUGCAUGCAAGAUUGUCAUACUUUUCACAGGUAAAGGGUUUACUCUGUUAUCUUCCUAGUUAGAAAAAAUGAUAUUGAGGCUUUUUGCUAGCUCUGAAUCUUUGUUUUAAUUGAUCUUUUUAUUGGUGUCUUAUAUAAAUGAGGAAGGAAAAUUUUGUUUGAUUAUAUGAAGGAUCUUUUUAUACAUGAAAAGAAGGGAAAAUAAACUUGCAGUUGAAUAGACUGAUUACAGUAGCAAUGAGGCACAAAAAGAUUGACCAUGUUGCCCUCCAGACACUCAUACAAGGUCAUGGACAUCAUGGUUAGGCGGAGCUAUUUAGGGUGGUAAAGGAAUUAUGAUUGUUCUUGAGCCAAGUAAUUUAGUUUGAAUAUAAUGAAACAUACCCUGAUGGUAAAGACUGCUAGAAAGUAAAAGGAUUCCUCUUCAGAGGUUGUAGAAGGUGCCCUUCUUAGUUAAAACCAAACUGGGAAAAGUAAUACUGGAUAUAAUAUUCAGGAUAAAUUUUGCCUCGGCAGAAUUUCAAAUGGCAGUUAUUCCUCUGUUUCAUUAUUGAAUCUUCAGAAUAUAGUUAAAGCCAAAAGCUUAAAAUACGUUGUUUCAUUUAUUUUACAUAGAGCAUAUUCUGCCUUUCUGUUUUAACUGUUUUAACAUGUGAAAGAAAUACGUUACAAAUAUACCACAAGGUACGACUAUAAAAUAAUGAGAUCAGUAUCCAUUUUUGCUUUAUAGACUUGGCCUUAUUACUUCAUUGUCACAUCUCAUACUCAAGGGCAUUUACUACAAAGAAAGUGUUCUCCAAUAUUGCUGUUCUGUUGCUGCCUGCCCUGUUUACACAUGUACCUGCUACUUAAAUAGGAAUAACGAAAUCCUCUGCAUGUGGUAGAUGAGUAUAUUUAGGUAAUAUUGUCAGCGCAGUUAAAUGACCUACAAUUUAAGUGAUAACAUAAAAACAGAUCCUUAAAUAUAUAAUACUUGAGUCACAGAAGCUGAACAACAGAAAGGUAUUUUGUUUUUGCCUUUCUCACAGUGCCGUGGUGAGGAUCAAUCAGAUGAGAUAAUAUUUUGACUAAACACUUUGGAAAUUGUAAAUAUGUGAUGGCAUUAUUGUUCUUAUGUUGGCUUAGGAGGAUACCAAGGGGGAAGUUAAUGGUGACAGUGUCCCUGUUUCUCUUGCGCUUAUGUACAUUUCUAAGCUACUCAAUGUGAUUCUUGUUCUCUUUGGUAUUCUUUUUCUCCUCCCCCAUGGUGUCCUCCGGGGAGAAAAGGAAUGUAGAUAAAUGAAUCCCAGCAGACUUGUCCUGACAUUUCAGGGAGGGACAGUGUAUAAUGAUGCCAUCCUGCAAAGCCAGGCUGUGUGAGAAAAAGAAAUCAAAUGAUGUGGAUUUUAAAGUUACAAAAUACAUUCAUUUGCAGUUUAUGAAAGGAAAAUGUAGUUUGGAUGCAAAGCUGAUUAAAUUGGAUCAAGAAAAAUUAGAAUUAAAUGCAAAAAAUAAUGCAUGCAUUUAUGGUUUCAAUUUUUAUAUAUUCUCAGCUAGUUGAAAAUGAUGAUUCCCACAACAAGCAUAACUCAGCUUGUUUCUGCUGAGUAUUUUCUACUAUGGUAUAUGUUGAUAACAUUUCUUCCAUUAUGUAUGUUGUAUACCAGAGUUACAGUUACUGUGGGAAUCAUAAUUUGAAAUUUUGACUCCUGUGUUUCUGGAAUCUUUACAACAAGUUUUGCAUUAACAUAUACCCUUUUUUCAGUUCACUUUACCAAAAUUAAGCCCAUCUGUAGCAGAUACUGUUUUAACAUGCAAAAUAAAUACAUUAUAAACAUACCACAAGAUAUGGCAAUAAAAUAAUGAGAUCAGUAUCCAUUUUUGCGUUGUCACAUCCCAUACACAUUUACUACAAAGAAAGCAUUCUCCAAUAUUGCUGUUCUGUUGCUGCCUGCCCUAUAUACACAUAUACCUGCUACUUAAAUAGGAAAGCCUUUCAAUUCAUGGGCAAUAUCCCUUGGUGGUGACCCGGCUUUUAUUUUUUUUUCUUUUAGUGUAAAAAAUGUACUGUUUUGGAAAUGUGCUAUGAAAUAUUUGGUUUAACUGUGUAGAUCCUAGAAUAAGGGGAUUGAUAUAGAUGAAGUUGUAACCAAGAGACUGGUUAUUAAAAAUUCAUUUCCUCCAAA